AUGGCGGAAGACAUAUUCCAAGGCCUGCCACCCCCUUGUGCACCACCACCUCCUCCUAUUGAACAAUCUUUGAAUAAUAAUUCGACUGACGCCAAAGAACCUUUGCCAAAUCAACCACUACCAUCUCCACCUCCUGCUCUCAAGAGCGCCCUCAAACGCACCAAGCCUCCUGAGUCACAACCUGAAGCUACUGCUCCAGAAAAGCGCUUGAGGUUCAAAACAACAACUGAUGCCUCGGAAAUGCAAGUUAUAGAGGCCAUGCAGAAGAUAUCAUCCCAUAUAAGUAACCCGUUGAAGUUCAGUAAGGCGUCAAAGCUUGCUAUCCAGAUGAUUCAGGCUGGUAGUGUGAAGCCUGGAACCAGCAACUAUUUUUUUGCCAUUCUUGAAGCUGCAAUGUCGUCACUAACUUGUAAUGAGCCAUCAGUCCGAGCAGACUAUCAUGCAUUAUUUUCAGCAGCACAAGAUGCAGUCGAGUGCCUAGAUAAGAAGCAGAAAAACCAACUAACUGCGUGGACAAUCAGGGCUGUCAUGGCGAAUGAUUUGUUCAUUGAUGAUAGCUUUGUGGUAUUCUUCUUUCUCAUGCUUAAUUUUUUACAUAACCUUUUCAAAUGCCAGCCAAAGAAAUCAAUAUUUGACAGGAUGAUGUUUGAGCAGGGUUAA